AUGCAGCUCGCCAAAUUUGCCAUCGCCUUCAUCGGUCUCUUCACCGUCGCCGAAGCCAUCAAGAACUGCCAGAGCUACACAGCCGAUGUGAGAGAGACUCUCUGGAACUCACCCACCGAGAUGGACUGCUACGCCAUCCAAGCCACCGGCGAGAGCCAAGAAUGUACUUACAAGGCCUCUGACGGUCAGGUGCAGCUUGCUGCAUCUGCUAGCUGCCACCUCCAAGUUCGGGUCAAUGGCGAUGGCAACGAGAUUACCUUUGGCAACCAGGAUGCGGCUGAGAUUGUCAAGUUGGCGAUCUCAAAGUAUCAGGCGACUCUCGACGGUGUUUUGCGUGUUGGCGGACAGGGAACAGUGACCUGUGGCGGCAAGUCGGCCAAUUGGUCUAUCCAAUAG